UACCUCCCACACUAAGUGCUGGAAUUAAAGGCUUACGCCACUACAGCUGGCUAUUGAAACACUAUCAAAAUAUACAUUAUCCUCAAAUCACAGACAAAUAUAUAAAUUCAAUAUAAGCAUUUUUCCAAGAUGACAGAUUCAGGAGAAGAUAUAAAACCUUACUCUAAAAAAAAGCAUCAAGAAAUUUGAAAGUGUUGAAGGAGAAUCAUGACAGCUGUACUCAGAGCACUUGGGAGGAUAAAGAAAGAGAAUUGCUGAGUCUAAACCAGCCUGGGGUAAAAAGAGAGUUCCAACCCAGCAUGUGAUACAGAAUAAGGUUUUGUCACAGAACAAUGACCACAAAAUGAUUUUAAAAUACUGAAAUCAUUUACUUUGGCUAUAAUUAAUUGAAAUAAGAAAAAUAAUUAUAGCCAAAUGUGAUAGCAUAUCUAACCUCAAGCCCAACAUUGGGAAGCUGAGCCAAAGGAUUAUGAAUUUGGAACCAGCAUGAGUUGGACAGCAAAACCCUGGUCUAGAAGUUCUGAGCACCAGGAAUACUUUCUGUCAUGAUGAUAUUGGGUGGAAUGUUCUUUGAUGUCUGUUAAGCUAGGUGACUUGUCAACUUUUCUAGUCUCUGAUGCUUUUCUGCUUCUUUGGUUGACUAUUAAGAUACCCUCGUUGACACCUUCUUGAAUAUAUCUUUGUUGUCUUUUGUGUCUUCAGUACUUCCGGUGUUUGUUUCCUAUGCUUGUGGCUGUCUUGUUGAGUGCUAUUUGUUUCCAACAAUCUAAUACGACAGAGUCCAUUAGGUUUUAUGAAAUGCUUUCUCUCUGUAUUGAAAUGAUCAGAUGGCCUUUCUUGCCUUUAUUUCCUUACCAAACGUGCAUCAUUGCAAUUCAACUAGGUCCUGAUGCGUUUCCAUGCAUUCCUGGAAUAGUAAUGAUGUUUCAGUACUUUUCAAAUCUAAAUAAAAGAUUUAUAAAAAAAAAUUAAAAAAAAAAAACCUUACUCUAUUUAGUACCAAAGGGCUCAUGCUGUUGUUGAGAGUCCCGGUGGUCAAGACUGCCCCUAAUGAGCCUUAUACCCAUGGUACUAUGGCUAGACAUGGGAAUCUUCCAUGAUUUAUAUUACAUUUCUAAUUGUCAAAGUAAUGAAAAGUAAAACGUACUACUUAUAAAAAGGUAGCAUACAGCGACAAUCUGCUUGAGUGAAUCAGCAAACAGAAAAAUGUGGAAAAUUAAGUCACAUUCCUUUCUACGAACCUGGCUUGAAGCGUGUGCUUCUUUCAGCUUCAAAGAAGCUUAUCUGAUAAGUCUACAGUGUCUUUCCUAUAAUUGUCGUGGACACUGCAUUUUUGCCUGCUGUCUGUUUCUUAGGGAUAGGUCACGAAACAGGACUGGAAUUACCAUUCUCCCCACCCACAACAGACACAGCCUAAGAAUUCGUGUUAGCCAACUUUCCAAUAUGAAGCAAAGUCUCCCCUUCCUCCUGUGACGGUUGAGUCAUCCCCUGCUAGAUAAGAACAGCUACUUAAACUGCACCAGAAGCUCACUCACUGGCAGUUGGUUGAGGUCCUUGACUGCUUCAGCUUCUCAUUUUUGGCAUGAAUUUGGAAAUGACUUUUGAUGGCAAGAUGAAGUCUGUGAACGAGCAGCCUGACCAGAAGUCAUGUCAUAAGAAGGCUAAAGGUUUGCUUUUUCUUUUGUCCCCAUGGUGGUGCCCUGUUGCUAUGGUUCUCAUCAUCGUUUGCCUGGGGUUAUCAGUGACCCUUAUUAUACAGUGGAUGCAAUUACUCCAGGUAUCUGACCUCCUAAAGCAAUACCAAGCAAACCUUACUCACCAAGAACAUAUCCUGGAGGGACAGAUCUUAGCCCAGCAGCAAGCAGCAAAUGCUUCAGAGAAGAAACUCAAGGAAACUAUAGACACCCUUACCUUGGAGCUGAAGGAGAAAUCCAAAGAGCAGGAAGAACUUCUGCAACAGAACGUGAACCUCCAAGAAGCCCUGCAGAGAGCUGAAAACUUUUCAGUACUCCAGGUAUCUGACCUCCUAAAGCAAUACCAAGCAAACCUUACUCACCAAGAACAUAUCCUGAAGGGACAGAUCUUAGCCCAGCAGCAAGCAGCAAAUGCUUCAGAGAAGAAACUCAAGGAAACUAUAGACACCCUUACCUUGGAGCUGAAGGAGAAAUCCAAAGAGCAGGAAGAACUUCUGCAACAGAACGUGAACCUCCAAGAAGCCCUGCAGAGAGCUGAAAACUUUUCAGGUCCUUGCCCAGAAGACUGGUUGUGGCAUAAAGAAAACUGUUACCUGUUCUCUUCAGAGUCAUCUUACUGGACAAAGAGCCAAGAAACUUGCCUGUCUUUGGAUGCUCAGAUGCUACAAAUUAAUAGCGUAGAUGAUCUGAACUUCAUCUCGCAAGCAACUUCCCAUUCCACCUCACCAUUUUGGAUGGGAUUGCACCGGAAGAAACAAAACGAACCCUGGCUGUGGGAGAAUGGCUCUCCUUUGCGUCCUCACCUAUUUAAGAUCAGGGGGAUUCCAUCCCAGACGCAUCCAUCAGGCACCUGUGUGUACAUUCAAGAGGGAGCCGUUUUUGCUGACAACUGCAUUUUAACUGCAUUCAGUAUUUGCCAGAAGCAGGCAAAGCUAUUGCCAAUGCCUUGAAUUUAAAGAUCCUGGAAGAACAGGAGAAGACCUUGGACUGUUAUGAAAUUUAAGCUAUUCUUGCUUACUUGAAUGUAAAACAUGAUUUCCCUGACAGCUGUCAGCAAACUACUACCUUCAGUUCACCUCAGCAGAGGCAAGGACCAGCAGCAGAGACUGGGGAGCCAGUUGGUUGACAUCUUUGUUUCCAACGUUGUGAGUUCAAUUGUUUACCAACAGCUUUGCUCUUUCCAAGCCUCCCAGCCAACCUGCAAUCCUUCAUCCCUUCCCUGUUUUAAAUGAUGACUCCUGCUUGACCUGAAAUAUCAGUCUCCUAUACCUCAGAGUGUCUUUUGGAGCUGGAUGGAAGGCAGAAUAUAGAGAGACCCUGCUAAAGUGCAGGCAGAAGGCUCAGGAGGAAAGUGUGUCUGAGAAGCAGCAUGCAAAGAAACAGCACAGAGGAAAAGCAACCCUGCAAGCAGGGACUUGUGUCCCUGCUGAAGCCCCAGCAUGAUCUUUGUAACUGUGGUUCAUCUCCAGACUGCACCAUUUACAUGUUUGCAGUUUUUAAAUUUUAUUUUAUGCUUGUAGAGGGUUGCCUACAUGUAUUUCUGUGUGCCACAUGAGUGCCUGAUACCAUUGGAGAUCAGAAGUGAGCAUACUGUCCCCUUGGAACUGGAAUUUACAGAUGGUUGUGAGACAUUAUAUAGGUCCUAGGAAUUGAACUCAUGUCCUCUGGAAGAACAGCCAGUGCUCUUAAGCCUGAACUACCUCUCCAGUCACUGUGAUUAGUUCUUGCAUAAGUUAUUUCUUCGUCUUUUCUCCAUCAAACAACAGUAUUGUGAAUUUAACCCUUUAAAAUAGUAUUGUUUAGAAUGAUAUAAUAUGUGCCCCCCCAAAAAAAAAAACAGACAUUUUCCCUCUUAAGUUACACAUCCUUUGUAGACAACCUCUCCUUGGUCUCUAUGCUAUGAUUCAGAAACGUACAUUACCAAAAUGGAAGAAACUAAGUUUUGGGACAAGUUCUUAGAGCAGUAUGAGUUGGAUAUAAAAAUAGUGUUCUUUUGGAACAGAUGGACUUAGAAGCUUCUAUUUUCAAAGCUUCAAUUCUCCACAUACUUCCGAGACCUUUCCACUUCAAAGGAAGCAGUUCAUUGUUUUAGGCCAGCAAUUGUGUGUGUGUGUGUGUGUGUGUGUGUGUGAGAGAGAGAGAGAGAGAGAGAGAGAGAGAGAGAGAGAGAGAGAGAGAGAGAGAGAGAGAUGCAUCCUUGGGAAGAUGAGACAGGGAUAAUUUUUCACUGGUAGCUUUGCUGUGUAAUAAACUUACACUAAACUGAAUUUGUAAAUAAUGUAAACUGUGGUGAUCAUAUCACCAUAGCCAAGGUGAUGAACAUAUCUGUCACUUUUGUCCCUUCCCAAUGUCUCCUUCCUAAAGCAAACACUGAUCUGUUUUCAGCUUGCAUUUCAUAGAGUUUAUAUAUAUUUUUUUAUGACAGGGUCUCACUAUGUAGCUCUGGCUGGUCUGGAACUCACUAUGUAGACCAGGCUGAUCUCUGAUUCAGAGUUUCUCCUGCCUCUGACUCUCAAGUGCUAAGAUCAAAGGAGUGCACUGACACACAUAACUCGUACAGUUUAUGUGAAUGGAAUUACCUGUUAUGUGAUUUUGGUCCAGCUUUUUUUUUUCACUUGAUGCUAUUAUUUUGGUAGGCAUACAUUUCCAUCUCAGUGUUUUCAUCAGUUUCUCAUUCAUUUUCAGUGUUGAGCAUUCCCCUAUGGGUACAUACUGCUCAUUGUUUAUCUUUGUACUUGUUGAUGUCAUUUGGGUUGUAUAAGGUUGGGUUCAAUUACUAAUAAAGCUGCUAUGAAUGUC